GCUUGGCCUACGUGGCAGGCCGGGGAGUAGCAGCUGCUGUCCGGGGAGGAGGGGCCGAGACUCAGCCCGACACCGGCACGGAUCAUGGGCAAUAACGACAUGAUGGGCGCCGCCGAGGACUUCGCGGAUCAGGCAGCAGCGUUCCUGCGGGUCACGAAGCAGUACCUGCCGCACAUCGCUCGCCUCUGUCUUAUCAGCACGUUCCUGGAAGAUGGCAUCCGCAUGUGGUUCCAGUGGAGCGAGCAGAAAGAUUACAUAGAGGUCACGUGGAACUGCGGCUACGUGCUGGCCACCAUCUUCGUCCUUAUUAAUCUGCUAGGACAACUGGGCGGCUGCAUACUGGUCCUGAGUCGCAACUUCGUACAAUACGCCUGCUGUGGUUUGUUUGGGAUCAUAGUGAUGCAGACUAUUGCGUACAGUAUCCUGUGGGACCUGAAGUUUUUACUGAGGAACCUGGCUCUAGGAGGAGGCCUCUUACUACUUCUGGCUGAGUCUCGGUCUGAAGGAAAGAGCAUGUUUGCCGGAGUGCCCACCAUGGGCGAGAGUUCCCCAAAGCAGUACAUGCAGCUUGGAGGUCGCGUGCUGCUUGUCCUCAUGUUCAUGACCCUGCUGCACUUUGAUGCCAGCUUCUUCUCUAUUCUGCAGAACAUUGUGGGCACAGCCUUAAUCAUCCUGGUGGCGAUCGGUUUCAAGACCAAGUUGGCGGCCCUGACCUUGGUGGUUUGGCUCUUCGCCAUCAACGUCUACUUCAACGCUUUCUGGAACAUCCCAGGCUACAAACCCAUGCACGACUUCCUAAAAUACGACUUCUUUCAGACCAUGUCUGUCAUCGGCGGACUUCUCCUAGUGGUGGCCUUGGGACCUGGUGGGGUCUCCAUGGACGAAAAGAAAAAGGAGUGGUAGCUUCUGACCCUACCUCACGUGGAAUCUUCUUCUCCUAGAAGCAGAGUCCUGCUACAACAUCUCCCCCAUGUUCAUUGUUUUUUGUUUGUUUUUUUUACCUUCCCUUUUGUAUCCCACCAACGGAUUCCUGCGGCGUUCCUAUCCCGUGCCCGUGUCCUGUAGGAACCUUCACCACCAUAGUCCACUGAUCUCACCAGCCGGUUGGACUUCGAUUGGGUCGCCUGGCUCAGAAAAUGUUACGAGAUUCCCUGAGCCGUGCAGAAUGCAGUAUAUCGAUCUUCAAGAAGCGUUUUUUUCCGCUUUACGUCCUUUUGUUUUAAUUCUACUUUUUUUUUUUCUCCAGAGCCAGGCGCGGUUGACGGUGACCACAGGGCUCGGCCUCUGGCUCUGAAUUCUGUCCUGUAGAGAUUUCACAUAACCCUGGAAGGAGAGCUGUGUGCAGUACUAGGAUGUGGACGCUCCUGGAACCAUGUUUUCCUGUGCAAUUCUCUGGUUAAUUAUUUAAUACUGUAUCCGCCAGGUCUUGGUGCUGUGUAACUUCUUAUAUUUUUUUUUUUUUUUUUUGGACUCUGCAUCACCCCCCCCCCAAAUCUCUGUGCUUCUAAAGGGUCUGGUCCAUCAAAGCAAGUCUGUGCUGUGAUUUUGCAUGGACUUAAAGGGACAUGCAGUCUAAAGUAUGCCUUCGCUGUUUGCUCUCCGUUUAUUGCUCUCUGUAAUCAGACAUUGCAUUUGACAGGAAGUCCAGAAGAAUCCACACCUGUUAAUGAGAACCGCCAGAAGUUUCAUAGGUCUAUAGUGGUGCAUUUUUUGGAUUUUUAUUUUUGGUUUAUUGGCCCUUUUUUAAAAGGGUUUUCCAGGUGCAAAAUUCUUCACAUGGGUCAUCAAUAUCCGGUCAUUGGGGGGGUGACACCAGACAGAUAUUUCCGGCAGCCAGCGCUUUGAGCAGCGCUGUUCAAAGUGUAGUGGCCGCGCCGUGUUACUGCAGCUCAGCUCCUAUUCAAGUGACUGUAACCUGGCAGCCAAGGAGACUCCAGGGAACAGGUGGACGUGCUGGGGGUCGGACCCCCUCCGAUGAGAUAUUGAUGACCUAUCCUGAAGCUAGAUCAUCAAUAGGUGGUUCCUGGAAGACCUCUUUUUAAGGGUACAUCCACAGAGGCUGUAAUUUGCUGUGGAAAAUAUCCAUUGCAGCUUCCUGUGCAAAAUCCACAUUUUCCAUUGCAUUGCAAAGGGUGAAAUCUGUGAAUUGCCAUGCUUAAAGGCAAUGUACACCUUCAGGGGCAAUUUUUUUUAAUGAUUUGCAUUUUACUCAUUUUGGGCUAAAAAUAAUUUUUUCAAUUGGUCUUUAUUAAAAAUAUUGAGCUGUUCUUUUACAAAGAAUAGCUUUGUGUAGCUGAUGGACUGGUACUUUUACUUUGUGUGGGGUCAUUUAAUAAACCCGAUCUCUGAAUUACAAGAUAAACACUUAAGCACCUAUUUAGGCCACAUUCUUAUCAUUAAGAAGAGAACUGAGCUAUAAUGAGUGUUUAGGAGAUCAGAAGCCAUCAGCUGAGCUGCCUGAUGGAACAGAGUGAAAAUUCAGAGCCUGCUACUAGAGAAACUCAAGGCUGCACAGAGAAAGGGGUUCAAAAUUUGUAAUAAAGACCAUUUGAAAAAAUUUAUUUUAGUUCAAAAUAAGUACAAAUCAAUCAUUUAAAAAAUUGCCGCCCCCCCCCAGAAGUGUUAAUAGCUUAUAAAAUCAGCACUGUAAGCCAAUUUCCAUUUUGCAGAACGUCGUCCACUUUGCCACCAUUGUAAACGCUACAGCUUAUCAUUCCCCACUUUCUCAGCUGACUAUCCACAGCGUAUCCAUCCCUGGUGGACAUUCCCUUAAAGAGGUUUCCCGGGAGUAGAGUAUUAAUGGCCACCAUGUGGGGGGGGGGGGGGGGUAGACUCCCGGCGCCUCUGCCGAUCAGCCUCUUCACAGCAUACCAAGCAUAGUGCCCUACAUUUAGUGGCUGUGCUUGGUAUUGCAGCCUAGGCCCAUUCACUUGAAUGGCACAAAAUGGAACAUAGACCAUGUGAUGGAUCAUGAUGUCAUCCUAACGGUUGAUCAACAGGGGCAUCAGAAGUCGGACCACCACGAUCGGAUAUAUUGAUCAAUAUUCUAUUCUCUGAAGACCCCUUUAAGCUUUAUAUCACCUUUUAAUCACAAGUACCUUUUACUCAGUUCGAAGUGGCCGGACCCCUCUCCAAAUGUCAGGCCGCUCCACCUUUUCUAUCAGUUGCCAAAGCCAAAUUUCUUGUACAGAAGUGUCUCGCUCGUUGGUCGUCUUCUUAUUGUUCUUGGCCAAAUAGGAAAGCAUUUUGAAUUCUUAUGUUUCGUUCACUAGGUCCCUGCACACCCCCCCCCCCCCCCCCCCCCCCACACCCUGUGUCCCUAGGGGCCCCAGCUUUAUUACUGAGCCAAUGUCUGGACUUUUAAUGUAUCUUGUUAGGUAUUUAAUUGUUGGGGAGGGGUACCUAUUAAUUACAGGGUCACUUACCUAUCUCGGGUAAUAUUUCUUAGCCGAAUGUGAUGCCUAUCAGCUGCUGUUUACACUGAUGGAUUAUUUUGGGGAGGGGGGGUUGCUUUAUAGUAUGGGUUUCCCUUUAGCACUAGGGACACGAGAUUGGGAUAUAAUGACGACUACUCGUUCCCUAAGGUUAUGUCCAUGUCUUGAAGAAGGGGAGGUCAUGGAUUUUGAGUGACAUGAAGCUCCACGGCAAAGAAUGGAUUGAUUUUAGCUUGUACUCCACUCACGGUUAAAGCUGCAUCCUGGUUGCUGCUUUCGCUCUGAGCUACAUAUAACGUUAAAGUGAAUGGGUAGAAAAACUGACAGCCAAAAUCGGUACAAGAGGCACAAUAAAGGCACCGAACAAGUAGUAAUAAAAUAACAUCCUUGAACCUGACCAUUCAAAUUGUGAAUGUGGCUUUGGGUGUAACUGGAGUAUAAUGUAAAAGUAAAGCAGUUGUCACUCAACUUUUUGUGUAGGCUAGAAUGGUCAACUUCUCUUAAACUGAAGAUGUGGUAGGUCCAAAACGGGCGUUUGUGCCUGUGUUAACGGGCCAUCUGCAGGGCCGUAAUAUGGGAUAAAAAGCCACCAAGCUGCCUAUGCACAGUGAUGCCACGAUUGCCAUGGGGGCAGAAUUGGUCUGGACCUGGCAAGGGGUAACGUAGUGCAGGUAAAAAGCGACGACUGUGCCAACAACUAUCAAUCGGGAUAUAUAGGUGGACAGUUUACCGUAUGGCGGUAGUAUUACUGUGUUAGUGCAGCUAUAAAUGCCUACUUUCCUCCUAAAUUCUGCCCUCCCCCCCCCCCCCCCCCCACUGUCCUUUUUAUUACAGAGCAGUCCUUGCCUUUAUAUUUUUUUUUUCUAAAAAGUUGCGUGGAGCUAAAAGUGUUUCAACAUUGUAAUAUAUUUCAUUAAAAAAAAGAGGCAUGUUUAGUGAGA